AUGGCACACCAGUCGCCCCUCGCCUUUUUAGGCGAACCGAUUGAAGAUGCUGGCGAAGAAACUUUCUUGUUGUUCAGUCGAGAUAUGCCGAGUAACAAUCUGGGCUUUGUUGACCCCAAGGCCGAGUCUUUAGAGAUUGAAAUCGCAGGCCAUGAGUACAUUUUGCGGCAGUCCCCGGGUCUUCUCCACUCCAACAGACAGGAAGGGACAACAGGGGCCGUGAUCUGGAAGAUUACUCCACUUCUGGCGGCCUGGUUGGCAUCUUUGCCUCCAAUACUGAGCGGCGCUCUAGAUGACACCGCAGUUGUGGUCGAGCUAGGGUGUGGCAUAACCGGCUUACUGGGCUUGGUAGUGUCAAAGUUUGUGCAGUGCUAUGUCCUCACGGAUCAAACCUAUGUGGUGAGAUACCUGAGAGAGAACAUAGCGACCAAUGCGACGCCACCAAGGGAAAAGAAGAGGAACAAGAAGAGGGGCAACGAGAAAGAGUUGGCCCAAGAAGAACACCUCAAGGUCUUACCCUUGGAUUGGGAGGCGGACAGUGUCGAAAAUCUCAAAUCAGCCAUUCCCCCAAGUGGUUGGGUUGACCUACUCGUCCUCUGCGACUGCGUCUAUAACGAGUACCUCAUUUCUCCGCUGGUGCAGACUUGUGUGGAUGUGUGUCGUCUGGGACCAACUGCAGCAAAGCACACUGUCGUUCUGGUUGCCCAACAGCUUCGCUCUGACACAGUCUGCGAAUUGUUUUUGGCCGCCUUGAUGAAAGAAUUCAACGUAUGGCGCAUCCCAGAUCGGGAACUUCCAACUCAGCUCCAGGAUGGCUCGGGCUAUGUGGUGCAUCUGGCGACCCUGAAGGACGAGGGCAGGGCCGCAGAAUAG